AUGGGAAGCACUCAACUCUGCAAGCCACCGUGUGGACGUCAGGGACACCGGAGUGUCUAUCUAAAGAGCCAACACAAAAUUGUCAUAUUCGGUGGAUAUGCAGGCUAUCACUUGGAUGAUUUUUUUGUCUAUGAUAUUAAGGAAAAUAUGUGGUCACUGAUGGAAGAGUGUCAUGAUGACGGGAAUUCGAAUCGUUUAUCUCCAAGAGAAGUCUUUUCCAUGGUGUUGAACGAGCAACGUCAAUCCAUUGUAUUUUUUGGAGGAAAAGAUGAAGAUUAUAGGUAUAAUGAUAUGCAUGAAUUUUCACUAGUGACCAAGAAGUGGUACCGACUCCAUCAAGGGGGACCUAGAAAGAAGAUUGACUCUCCAAAGAAAACUACAGUGCCGAAAGAAACUCUUCUGAAUAUACCUUCACCAAGAAGUUCCCAUUCCUGUAUCAUGAUUGAGAAAUUACAACAGAUGGUGAUGUUUGGAGGAUACGAUGGAGACGAUUGGCUUAAUGAUUGUUGGAUAUUUGAUUUUACUUUGAACAAGUGGACAAAGGUUAAUCUCUUUACAAAACAUCUCUCAGAGAAUAGCCUGAAAAUAUUCCAGCAUGGUUUCAGUAGCCAUGUUGCAGUUUUUGAUGACAUUCGAAGCGAAAUGCUGGCAUUCGGUGGAUGGACUGGAGAAAUGGAUAUCAACGCAAUGUGGACAAUAACAUUUCCCACUUUGAAUGAACUCGAAUUUCAAUCAAAGCUAGGCAAUAUUAUAGAUCGAAAUCAACUGAGUGAUAUUUCAAUAAUAACAUUCUCGUCUUCUUAA